CGCAUUUUAUUAAUCGCCUCUUUUUCUUUCAGGACACUCACAAAGGAAGUUAUCUAAUGGACCGACUGUGCCAACGGUUGGAGAUAAAGGAAAAGGAUUAUUUUGGGCUGCGUUUUGUGGAUAAUACCAAACAAAGACAAUGGUUGGAUUUAGGAAAACUUAUAAUAAAGCAAUGUAAAGAUAUACAUCAUUUAAUAUUCUCAUUUCGAGUAAAAUUUUAUCCAGCGGAUCCGUUUCAUUUAAGUUUAAAUGUAAGGGUUUUGUUGUAUAAACAAUUGAAGCGUGAUCUUAACCAUGGACGUAUUUAUUGUUCUAGUAAUGAGAUAGUAACUUUGGGAGCUCUAAUUGUACAAGACUACGAUGAAAAUAUACACACUGGUGACUACUUAUCAAACCUCCGGCUAUCUGCUCGACAAACAGAUGCAAUUGAAAAAAAAAUUAUUAAGAAGCACAGAGAACGAACACCUGGUCAAGAUCCCAUCAUUGUAAUAAAUGAGUUCUUAAGAAUAACUCGCAAUUUGGAAACAUAUGGUACAGAACCUCAUUAUGUAAAAGAUCAUCAGGGUGUCCAAAUGUAUAUUGGAAUAAAUUUUUCUGGAAUAAGCGCAUUUAUUUCUGGAAAACGUACUCAACAUUUCUUGUGGAACGAUAUACGAAAAUUAAAUUUUGAAGGAAAAAUGUUUAUAGCGCAUAUAGGCUAUAUGGACACAAGUAGAGAAAUUGUAA